AUGUUUGGGGAUGGCAUCUUUACCCAGGAAGGCGAGGCCUGGAAGCACUCACGAGACCUAAUCCGUCCACAGCUAGUACAUCGACAAUAUGGAGACCUUGCAGUUUUUGUAGAGCCCAUGGACGACCUGUUGAGUGAACUACCUCCAAUUGGUGGUGUAGUCGACCUCCAGCCACUAUUUUUCCGCCUCACACUGGAUAUAACAACUGCAUUUUUCUUUGGGGAGUCUAUUCACAGCCUGAGGGCAACAGACAAUAGCCAAGAACAGACUUUUGCGGCAGCAUUUGACCUUGCGCAGAAAUAUGUCAUCAAAAGAUACCGCCUUCUGGACCUUUACUGGCUUAUCGGGGGCUCCGAGUUUGGCGAUGCCUGCCGUAAAGUGCACGAAUUCGCUGAUCAGGUUAUUGACCAAAAACUUUCCGAGAGCACCUCAUCAGACGACCCAACCGACAAAAGAUACGUCUUCUUAAAAUCUGUUGCUCAAGCCUGUCCCGACAGAACAGCACUUCGUGGACAGAUUAUUAACAUUCUAGCUGCUGGCCGUGAUGCUACCGCUUGCCUGCUCUCCUGGACCUUUCAAGCCAGCGCUUCGCUUGUAUCCUUCGGUGCCGGUGAACACCAGGACGGCGGUGGAGAAUACUAUUCUCCCAACCUAUAUGGCAUGAAUGCCGAGUGCUUUCGCCCAGAGAGAUGGGAUGAGAAUCUGCCUCUCUUUGCGGACAAGACUACUCACAACUAUGGAUAUUUGCCGUUUAGCGGCGGAGCGCGGAUGUGUCUGGGAACUUUCUUUUAUAAAUUUCUGUACUACGACGCCACGGCAGCGUCCGGUGCGACGAUCCCCGAGGCCGUCGUUUCGCUGGUGGAACACGCCGGCAGCGCGGUCUGGGAGGACGGGUUUUCGGCUUCUUGGGUCAGGCUUCGGGCCCUGCAGCACGCCCUCGUCGCCCACGACGGCGUUGACGACGUCGACAACUGGGUGCUCCAGGUCGCGAGCCACAUGCUCGUCUCCAUUCUGCAGAACGCCGCUGCCGCUUUCCCAUUUAGGAUUGCAGCAUGCCAAAUGCUCGAUAUCAUUGGCCACCGUUGGCCCGCCGCCGGGACGUGGUGUCCGUCCGUAGGCGGAGGCGAGCAACUUGUUGCCGACGACACUGCCGUGUCAUCCCGGCUCGUGGCGAAGCUGUUCCUGGGCGUGGAUUGCCCAGAUUUGGGCUUUGAACACAUGGUUUCCGCGAGCACCACGGAUGGGCACAGCGUCAUGGUCAUCUCGGCCGACGCCCAAGGCCCGGCGUUUGCAUAUGCCGACGCGAGCGACCGGAGCAUCCGCUGGGUCGACUACCGCCAAGUGAGGCUGCUCCCCGGUGCCAUGAGGCUGGCCAACCCCUGGACUCAAGGGGGAUCAAGCGGCGUCGAUAUUUUGACGCUGCCCCUAUUGACAAGGUGGAUGAUUUAUAAUAGACUACCUAGGUUCUAG